AAAUUUCCGAUGGCGGAAGACGAAAUCGCCGACGAAGUCGUCACCGACACUGACGAACCCACCAAUGAACCUCGUCAAGAGUCCCCCAUCGAGGAGGAGGAGGAGGAAGACGUGCCCGAAGAGGUUGAAGAAGGAGCCGGUUAUCCUCCUCCACCUCCCCAAGAACCGAAAAAAAGGACAUGGUGUAACACCCGAAUCGACGAACUUUCAACCCCCAGUAAGCGAAUUUUCCUCGCGCUAUGGAACGAACACGCGUACCACCUUCCCAAAGAAAAAGUGAAACACUUGAAGGAGUUGCUACAGCAACUAUACGCCAUGUCCCCAGAGGAAACUGCGAAAUAUUUUGCAGAAUUGCGCGCCGAAGCGAAAGCUGCAGCAAUGCGUAAACGACUGAAGCAGAAGCUUCGGAAAUACCUCCAGGAGAAACACCACCAGAAGCAAAGACAAAAGGCGUAUAAACUAUUCAAACGACUGCUAAAAUGCGGCAUUUCGUACGCUGUUGAAAACCCGGUGCCUCCCCUGGUCUCGAUCCGUCUGAGAUACCUUUCGGACAUUAUUUUAGAGCAAUUGUGCGUCCUGAGAAAAGUCAACAUCCCCAGCCGGGAAAACCCCGACAAGUUGGGGAUUUUCCUAAUUUCGGUGGCUGACUGGAUGGCAAUCGCCGUCGAACGACUAUACUACGCCGCCCAAUUAUCAAUCAACGAAAUAAUGUACCAAGAAUACGGAGACCAAUUCGCUGAUAGCACAACUUACGACGAUUUUACUUAUACAUUCCGACCAUCAGUGGAUGCGGGCCAACCCAUCGGUGCUUCCACCCCCAAAGGGUCCCUAGAUUUGGGCCAACCUGUGGCCGCGUCCACGCCCAAAGGGUCCCUAGACCUGGGCCAACCCGUGGGUACCUCCACUCCUAAGGGAUCCCUAACUUUCACCAAACCCAAGGGUGCUUCCACCCCGAAGGGGUCACGCGAUUCCGCAAAAGUAACACCGGGAAACACCUAUAACCAGGCCGCUACAGGCACUCCUGUCAGGAAUCAAACGGCGAAAAGUGCCCAGAAACCGUUCUAUAGUAUGAUUGUGAAUGAAACGGCCCCUUCGACCACCCAAAAAUCAAAAACUAAACCACCCUAUUACACCUUUAAUCAUAUGAAUGCAAGUAUGGCUGGUAAAACUCUAGUCGGGGAUAAAACCUUGGUAGAAAUGCCCCCUUAUGGGUUUAAGAACGUUGGCUCGAUAGGUGGGUCAGGGAAGAAACAACCCAAAUUGGGCACAAAGCGACUUAAUAAAACAAAAUAAAUUAUUUUGGAACCAAAUAUGAACGUGUAAUGUGUUUCUUGUUAUGUAAUUCGGUUAAUAAAGCGUCUCAAAAGGAUUAAA